AUGCAAAACUUAUUGGUUUUCAUUUAUCUUCUAACUUUAACAUCGUUUCAAAUAAUAUCAUCAUUUGAAAUAAUUAAUACUGGCCAAAAUGAAAAAAAUUUAGAUGAUAUUCGACGAAGUUCAUCUUUAUUAUCAUCAGACUUUUUAUCUUUUGAACAAAAAGAUAGUGAUCCUGAAUGUUUGCCGAAAAAUCUUUUUUCAAAUAUGCUUGAUCGUAAUCAACGAGCAUCAAUAUCUCGUCCUUAUUUUCAACAUUGGCGAAGAGCUCGUGAUAAUAGUCGUUAUACAGCAAAAAAUUCAUUAGCAUUUUCACCUCGUUUAGGUAAACGAACAUAUGAAGAUGAUCAACGAUUAGUUGUUCUCAUGAAUAAACAACAAUUAGAAAACGAACAUGAAUUAAACGAUCUUAAUACAUUUCUUAUUGGUUACUUACUAAGAAAAAAUAUUGAUAUUAUUUAUGAAGAUCAAACAACAAUUUGUUUAUCACAAUCUAUUAGUAAUGAUCUUGUUCAAGAAAUUCUUGAAAAAUACCAAAUGCAUCGAUCUCAACCAGAUAAGAAAGAUGAACGAAGACAAUAUUUAAGUGACAAAAAUCCAUUCUGGUCUCAUUAUCGCCUUGGAUAA